AUGAGUGUUUAUGAAAAUAUUCGUUUUGGUAAAGUAAAUGCAACACGAGCAGAAAUUGAACAAGCAGCACGAGAAGCAAAUGCACACAAUUUCAUUAUGCAAUUACCAAAUAAAUAUGAAACACUUGUUGGUGAACGUGGUAUACACUUGAGUGGUGGUGAAAAACAAUGUAUCGCAUUAGCACGUGCUCUUGUCAAACAGCCUACUAUCCUCUUACUGGAUGAAACAACAAGUGCACUUGAUAAUGUUAGAGAAAAAAUUGUUCAAGAAGCACUCGAUCGAGCAUGCAAAGGUCGUACAACUAUUAUUAUUGCUCAUCGUUUAACUACAAUUCGAAAUGCUCAUCAAAUAUAUGUACUAGAUAAUGGAAAUGUGGUUGAGCAAGGUACACAUGAAACAUUAAUGAUAAAAGAAGGAGGCAAAUAUCAAGCAAUGGUCAAAUGUCAACAAAUGAAAAGAAUCUAUGAUGAUACAGAUGAUAUGAUGAGCAUACAAAAAGCAACAGAAGAAGAGGAAAAAUCUAUAAGUAUGCUAAAAAUUCUAAUAGUAAUAGUCAUUAUUUUUCUUGAUCUUUUUUUCUUGAAUAGCUGAGCGCUCUCGUUUGUUUAGCGACGUAACAACUGUUGAUGUGAACAAAGUACAAAUCCUACUGUAAUUAGCUAUAAAAACUAUUAUUGAUAAGUCUUCUUUUUUAGCAAAGCCCAAAACCAUUCAAACAGAGGUUUGUCUUAUUAAGACUCUUAUCAAUGAAUAGUCCUGAAUGGAUUACCAUCUUGAUUGGUUGUGUAGCAUGUUUAUUGAGUGGCGCAGCUCAACCAUUAUUU